CCUUUUUUUCUCUUUCUAGCAAAAAUCCCUCUUGGACAGCAUGUGCUCGACACUAUGGUGUCAGGAUUCCAAAGAAGCAAGCACUUGUAAAACAAUUGGAGGACUCCGAGGAAUCGCAGGAACCCGGUGUGGAGACGGAAAGAUGUGUUGGAGAGGAAUGUGCGUCGCUGAAUUCUACAAAUCUACAAAAUCUGUUUGUUCAUCACACAAAACUUGUAGCGGUCCUGACAAAAACAAGAAAUACUGCCAGAAAAUAAUCCGGCUGAAUCCACAUGCUUGUCACAGAGACGCCAUAGCAUCGUACUGUUGUGAGUCAUGUAGUUGCAAGAAGACACAGCAUCGCACAAACAGACGGCGUAAGAGGGACAAGCAGCGUCGCCAGAGGAGAAGGAGACAUAUCAGGCGUUUGAGGAGAAGGGCAUCGAGGCGGAGGAGACGCUUUGCGACAGCCUUAUAAGCUACCAGACCACACAAACACAUACACACAAUAUAUAUAUACAUACGUACAAACAGAUAUACACACGUACGUAAAUGUCGAACAAUAAGAGAAGUGCUCAAUACCGCAUUGGUGGAUAAAGUUUCUUUAUUUGUGUAAUAAGGCUACCAUUGGUUUCAUGUAUGGUCGGCUUGAAAAAUUGUUACGGUUGAUGUAUGGUAAAAAGCUUGCUUACCAACCACAUGGUUCUAGGUUCAGUCCUACUGUGUGAUACCUUAGGCAGCUGUCUUCUACUAUUGUCUCGGGCCGACCAAAGCCUUGUGAGUGGAUUUGGCAGACGGAA